GUGCAGGUCGGAUGUGUAGCUCCGCGUCUCUCUCUCUCUCUGCAUGCCUUAACUCUCCGUAAAGGGAUUGGGAUCAGUUUUUUCAGCCAGCUCACCGUCAACCAGCGUGUGUAGCAACGUCCUACUCCUUGACCAACAUGUGUCCUGAGAUGAAGCGAGGGGCCUUCCUGCUGGUGGUAUUACAGAUCCUAGCAAAGACGUCUGGGUUCCUGAUACAGAACUCUGAUGCGCCACAAAUACUUAGAUCAACGACUCCAAGCCCUCUCACCCUCACACCUGACAUCCAUAAAAACUACACAACGCAGCCAGACCUCGGGAGUGUAGGUCAGCCACCCAACGAGACUGGCUCACACCCACCAGUAACAGCCCAGAAGGCCAGACCAGUGAGUGACAGACAAACUCUUGAGAGAAGAGUUCUAGAUGAAAGAUCUCUUACCAGACAAGCCUCAAACAUACCAACUCUUGAGAGAGAACCCCGUACAAAAAAAAUGGCGCUGCUAAGGCCUCAGCUGUGGAGGACCUUGGGGAGACAAGUGACAUCCGCUAAAAAGAAUGUGAAACGCAGUAAACCAAUGAGGAAGAAGCUAGACGCGGCUUGUGGCAAAACCUACACCGUCACUAGGAAAGUCAGGUACAAUGUUGCUCUCGAUGGCAGUCAAUCCUGUAAUGUCAUCUUCAGGGCAGCAGAGAGGUCAGCCUUCAAGGUGGUGUGUCGUGGUGUCCUGGUGUCAGACUGCAGCCGCGCCCAGUUGCACCUCUCUUCCAAUAGCGGCACAAGGCAGUACUGCGACAUGACUACAGCCAUCGAUGUGCAGCAGAAGGAGCUGACGGAGCUACUGUUGUCCUACAAGGUCUUGGACAACACCAACACCACCUCCCUGGAGACCCCGGCCACCUGCUCCAUCAUAAGAACACAGGGCCCCGGGUACGCCGCCGAGGGCCAGCAGGUGUGUCCCCUCAGCUGCGGUACCACCACGGCAGACGCGGAGGCCGGUAACCCACCCCCAAACUACUCCUCCCUCGGACUAGGAACCAAUGGAAUACCCUUGAAUACUAGGAUCCAGGGAGGGAAGGAUGCGAAUAUCGGGGAGUGGCCCUGGCAGGUGUACCUGAGGAUUAACCUGGAUGGUUCUUACCUGUUCUGCGCAGGAACCAUCCUAUCUCCUCGCUAUGUGAUGACGGCCGCUCACUGCGUCUACGAUUUGGUACUGCAGAAAGGAGACAGGAUAAGGGUGGUGGCCUACGAGUACGACUUGUCCAAAAAACGAGACACCCCAAAACAGAUGGUUCUCGUCAAGGAAAUGUUCGUUCACUCAGACUAUGAUCCCGACACCCAGACUGCCGACGUAGCUGUGUUAAAAAUGAAGAAAUCGCUAAGGGUGGGAGAGGGUGUGGCGCCUGUGUGUCUGGCUCCUCCUAGGGACUACGAAGGUUUCUCUGUGGUGUUGCUGGGCUGGGGAACCCUCAUGUACAACGGGAAGAGCUCUAAAAAGCUGAAGGAGGCGACGCAGGUGGUGACCAAUCUACAUGAGUGUGCCAGGAACUACUCCACCCUUUCGAAGAAUCACAAGUACCCCGUCACCGCAGACCACCUGUGCACGGCGGCACCCGGGGUAGACACCUGCCAAGGGGACUCAGGAGGACCCAUCCUGACCAGAAUUGGAACAACUUGGUACCAGGUGGGGAUCGUCUCGUUCGGGUACAAGUGUGCACAGCCGGCCUUCCCUGGGGUCAGCACCUUCGUCCCCAGCUACAUUUCUUGGAUACUAAGUACAAUGUCCGGAGACGCCUGUGAUUAGCGUCUGAAAAAUACUAAGUUUUAUCUUAGUCAAAAAAUACAUUAUACUGUAAGUUCAUGCUAGUGAUGAAGAUGCGUUAAAAAUAUUAUCGCAGUUGAAAUAUUGAAACUGUAUAGAAACUUCUAACUAGCUGACGACAACAGGCUAAGAGCGCCCUUCGGCAUAUGUUUUCACCAAAUUUCACGUCACGACUUUUGUAUUUCAUUGUCCAGUUGAGAAUAACACAGCACCCUCUCGAAUAAACAAUGCUUCACAUUCUUCUGCAAAGAAUGUGAGAAACUUUUUGCCGUUACUUUUAAUAGUUUACAAGCUGUUAACACUGGUGAAGAGUGUGGGGACGGGCCGGGCUAAAAAGCGGCAAUUACACGGAUAUAGACAGUUCGUACCGAUAUUACAAAAUACUGUAGUAUGUUCAGUUUACACCCGCCAUGCCGCUUCACCACCGAGAAAGACAAAGUAGAGCAAGCCGAAGGGUGUAAUUAUCUACCAAACGAAGCAUUUGCCCAAGAAAUGAAUAUCACGUGUCGUCAAUUAUUACCUCGAAUAUAAUUUUUUUUACUAUAUAUUGACCUUUGUGAAUAUGCAACCAUUACAGGAGGCUUACCUUUCUGAAGCUUUGGAUCUGAAGAGAUUACUCCCGAGUUCCUCGCUAUGUCAGGUUUUCCUUAUUUUAUCUGCUGUUUGUACAAAGCUGUUGUAACGGUAGUCUAGGUGAAUACUGGAAGCAGCA